AUGACCAAGACCGCGUCGCCCGAACCCGCGCAUGCAACCCCCGAGGCCCUCGAGUCCCAACGCGACAAUCAGAUCGCGUCAGCCUUUCAAGAUGAUUCCGAUCCUCCCUCAUCUCCGCUCGAGUCCCUGGGAUCCGACGAUUUCAGGGACCAACUGACACCCAACGGUGUUGACUUCAUCGGCUACGGCCCACCUUCGCCCGCCGCGCCUGCAUCGCCAUCAUCAUCAUCAUCGCCAUCGCCCGUCCCUCCUACGCCUCCGCCCGCCCCCGCGUCUCUCGAUGACGACGACGAGCGUCCCUCGAAACGACGCCGUACAGCCGAAGCCACACCCUCCAACUCGGCAGGAAAGAAGAAACAAAUCUCCCCGCCAUGGAAGAAAGCUGGCGCCGACGGCCCGACCUCCUACACCGAGAACGGUAGACGCAAGUCUGGCCGCAUCAACACCCUGCCUCUCGAAUUCCAUCCUCCAUCGAACAAGCGAACAACACGAGGAGCUCUUAAUAGCAGUCCACCUUCCAAGAACAAGUAUGCCUCUACCAACGGCCAUGCGACCCCGACACCGGCGUCCGCCGGAGCUUCCAAACCUCCCUCGCGAAAGUCUACAGCCGCCAAGCCCGCCCCCCUGAACCUCAAGAAGUCGAACAGAAAGUCCAUCUCGAACGAAGCCAAGGCACCUGCGCGAUCAACACGCAAACGAUCCCCCUCACCACCAUCCCAGCCAACGAGACAAUCUACAAGGCCACGGCGUGGCCGUCGCAGCUCUAUCGAGGACCUCCCCACCACGACGUCGACGAGCCCCAACCGCACACGAAUCAAGCUGCGCGUACCACGGUCAACGGAGCUGCCCAUUGUCCAUCCCGGACAGGUUCAUAAGCGGCUAAAGAUCGGUCCUACAUUCGAGGAAUACUGGGAGAAAGCACAGACGAUACAUGUGGAUGAGGGAGGUAUAUACCUGCCAGAAGAUGGGCCAGCCUACACUGAUGAGAUGGCCAAGAGGGAUGCCCAAAUCGUCUUACGGGUAGAAGCGGCGGUGGAACCUGGCGGAAUCCUUUCCCAAGAGCGAUGCUCUAUCUUCGUACCCGAAGCUGAGGAAGAGCCCCCGCGCCAAUGGGCCCGUCGUGACCACAUGGUUAAGGCCAUGACAAACUUCCGAAGGCUGAUGCUACAAGAGCAGCAGAGACAUCGCGCACAGGCCAAGAAGAUUGCUGAGGCUUGCCGAGAUGCUUGGCUUCGACGCCAACCCAAAUCGGCGGAGGAGCUUGAAGCAGAAGCAAGAGACGUAUGGAUUGGCCGAUACAGGGUUGUAGUCAAGAGCAUGUUUGGCACAUGGGAGAGCGUGCGAUUCGAAGUCAACAGACGACGCGUCCAGGAAUGGGAGGCCGAGGAGGCGCGUAGAAUUAAAGCUGCGCUACAGGACGUUGUUGAUCUCUCCGAGCAGAAGCUUCUGGCGCGCCAGGCCCCAGCAGACUCCGAUGUAUCUGACGAAGACGGUCUUCCCGACGACGACGACAACGACCCCGAUGGCCUUGAUAGCGACGCGGAGAACAGCCACGCAUCGUCAGUUGACGCUGAUGAUGACGAUUCGGGCGACGAGGACGACGAUGUCAUGUCAUCAUCGGACGAGGACGAAGCGGGCGAGGAGCACACUGGUGAUGCCGGUGAUGAGAAACUUACUCAAGAACAGCUCCGCGCGAAGUAUGCCAAUCUGCCCGAUUUGGCUGCGGAGGAGCCCGCCGAGAAGCUCGUCAAUGGUGUGGACUCCGGGGCAGACGUGAAGAUAGUGCCAACAAGCGCCGCCGAAGACGACACCUCUGAUGAAUCGGUUGACAUGGAUGACGAUCUUGGAUCAACGGAUAUGGACGAUAGCGACGAUGGAUCCGAUGAGGAGAAGGGUUCCGGAGAGGAGAGUGAAGACGAAGAACCUGCUGGAUUGCUUGGCAUGCUCUUUGGCAAAUCCGAUCUGAAGAAGAUGAAGAACGACGAAGCAGAUGACGAAGAGUCCACGAAGAACGAUGCACCUAUAGUGGAAACCCCUGCUGCACAAGGCGAGGCAUCCACUCCGUUCAGGGAUGAAGCAGUCGAUGAUGAAGAUGAGGUUUCUUUGAUUCAGCACCCCGGCAUAUUUGUCGAUGAGGAUGAGAUGGAUGUCGACAAGACCAUUCAGGAAAACGAGAUUGCUCUGGCUGCUGAAUCUGAAUGCGGCUUACCGACAGAGACUGGCGUGGCAGAGUCGGAGGACAAGCCCAUGGCGUCUUCACCAAAGGCUGACGCGGAGAUGGUUAACGGCGUUGACCCCGCCCCUUCGACGACGAACACCACUGAACCCCCCACUGCCGAUCCUGUGAAGGAUGUCAAUACUCCACGUGGAGACAUUGAGAUGGAAGAUGCGCCGCCAAAACUCGAUGCACCAGAAACCGCCAUCGCUCCUGAUUCAGAGGCUCCAUCCAAACACGUGAGCCCUGAUACCGACGUUGUUACUGUGCCGCCUAGCCCAGAACAGAGUCAUUCGCCCCCGACGUCUGAUACGAAGCCUUCCGAAGUAGACACCAUGUCUCUGGCAACGCCUGGGGUGAAAGACAUUGUCAGCCGCUCGGCAACGCCAGCAACGCCCGCCACACCGCAAGCCACGAAAACGGAAAUCCCAUUCCUUCUCCGCGGCACCUUGCGCGCGUAUCAGCAUGACGGAUUGGAUUGGCUUUCGGGUCUGUACGCCAACAAUACUAAUGGUAUUCUUGCAGACGAAAUGGGUCUCGGAAAAACAAUCCAAACCAUUUCAUUGCUGGCCCACCUCGCUUGCCAUCAUGAGGUGUGGGGACCUCAUCUUGUCGUCGUGCCCACGAGUGUCAUGCUCAACUGGGAAAUGGAGUUCAAGAAGUGGUGCCCUGGCUUCAAGAUUCUGUCCUACUACGGAACCAUUGAGGAAAGAAAAAGGAAGCGCCAAGGAUGGAAUAGUGACGAUGUUUGGAACGUGUGCAUUACUUCCUACCAGCUGGUCCUUCAAGAUGUGCAAGUCUUCAAACGUCGCAAAUGGCACUACAUGAUUCUUGACGAAGCACAUAACAUCAAGAACUUCAAGUCACAACGUUGGCGCAGCCUGCUCGGAUUCAACACACAUUCUCGGUUAUUGCUUACGGGCACCCCAUUGCAGAAUAACUUAACCGAGUUAUGGUCGUUGCUGUUCUUCCUGAUGCCCUCCUCUGAGAACGGUGCGGGCGGAUUUGCAGACUUGCAUGAAUUCCAAGAUUGGUUUCGCAAACCAGAGUCGCAGAUCCUGGAGCAGGGCCGCGAUACCAUGGACGAGGAGGGCCGCGCCAUCAUCGCAAAGUUGCACAAAGUACUGCGACCUUACCUGCUUCGAAGACUCAAGGCGGACGUUGAGAAACAAAUGCCGGCGAAGCACGAGCACGUCGAGUUUUGCCGCUUGUCCAAGCGGCAGCGCGAAUUGUACGAUGGAUUUUUGGCUCGUAGCGAUACGCGGGAUACGCUGUCGUCGGGCAACUAUCUGUCCAUCAUCAAUUGUCUCAUGCAGCUGCGAAAGGUCUGCAACCAUCCUGAUCUUUUCGUGGACCGGCCCAUCAUGACAUCUUUCCGGAUGCAGAAGUCGGUGCCAGCGGAGUACUCGAGUACAGAAUCCUUCCUUCAGCGGUCACUGCUGAAGGUUGAGCCCAUGUCUGUGGUCAGUUUCGGGGUGCUGAACAUGAUUCCCACGCAGUUCGAGACGAUGUCCAACACGACCGCCGAGAGGAUCUCACAACUGAGUCUACACAGGGCGUUGAUGGAGCUUCGUGAAGCUCAGAACGCCAGAGCCCACCUUGCUCGCACGAAUCUUGACCCGUCAACCGUUGAGUCAAACAUUGUCUAUCUCGACAGCUUAGCUAGAUGGCGUCGCUUCGAAGAGUUGCAACACAGUGUCUACCUGAACGCUCUUCGUGGCCAGCGUCGACCCAUCUAUGGCAAGCGUCUGGUUGACUUCCUCACUCUUGGGUUGGAUCAGAGGCCAAGAAAACCUCGCCCAAAAGUUCCUUCUGAGGUUCUCAACUGGUUUGCCGAGGACUCAGACUUCCUUCGCGCAGUUAUCCGCACCUCGGACGAUCGUGCGGACUCGUUCCAGACCACUAUUCAAAAGUUCGCUUGCGUCACUCCCGCAGUCAUCAGUCGCGACAUGAACGAAGUCAUCUUAGGCCGGAAAGCUGCGAAUGCAUUCACCGACGAGGACUUGAAGCUAUCUGCACCAGUUCGAUGGGCCCCCUUCAUACCCAAGCAGGCUCCCAUCGACCCCUGGCACGAAGCCCGUAUGCGCCUGAGCAUUCAGUUCCCCGAUAAGAGGCUGCUCCAAUACGACUGUGGAAAACUUCAAGCUUUGGAUAAACUGCUGCGUAAGCUUCAAGCGGGCGGUCACCGUGCUCUCAUCUUCACUCAGAUGACCAGAGUAUUGGAUAUCCUUGAGCAGUUCCUCAACAUCCAUGGUCACAAGUAUUUACGUCUAGAUGGCGCCACCAAAGUCGAGCAGCGCCAAAUUCUUACCGAUCGAUUCAACCACGACGAGAGAAUUCUGUGCUUCAUUCUUUCCACCCGUUCUGGUGGCUUGGGAAUCAACCUUACCGGCGCUGACACCGUCAUCUUCUACGACCAAGACUGGAACCCCGCCAUGGACAAGCAAUGCCAAGACAGAUGCCAUCGUAUCGGACAAACGCGCGACGUACACAUCUACCGACUUGUCAGCGAACAUACUAUCGAAGCCAAUAUUCUUCGCAAAGCAUCACAAAAGCAAAUGCUAGACGAUGUCGUCAUUCAGGAAGGAAGCUUCACAACAGAUUAUUUUAACAAGCUCUCCGUCCGCGACGUGCUUGGUGCCGAGGGCAACGACCUGGUAGACGACGCCGCUAACGCCGCCAUGGACCGUCUCCUCGGCGGAGUCGACAGCGGCAGCUCACGCAACGCUGGCGAGGAACUUAAGCAGGCCGAAGAUCAGGAAGACGUGGAAGCUGCUAAGGCUGCCGAGAAGGAAAUUCAAGAGGAUGAAGCCGACUUCAAUGAAAAGAGCGCCGCACCCUCCGGGGCCUCAAGCACUCGGCAAGGCACGCCCCGCGACGAAGGCCCCAAUGAGCAAAACGGACCCGGCCCCUCCGGCCUCGGUCGCUUCUCCGAGUCUGUCGCACCAGACGAAGAUAUCGAACACAACGCAUGGGGCGAGCGUAUCUAUAAUAUUGACGAGUACAUGCUCCGCACAAUGGCAGAGCAACUCAAGGGCACGGCAUUGGACUUGCCCAAAGAUAAAAAGAAGAGCAAGAAGAAGGGUAGAGAUACGCGCAAACGGUAG